AAUAAUAAUUUGAUUUUAAAAUCUUUUAUUAUCUUUCGUUAGCAUUUCAAUUUUGCACUUGACGGUGAAUGUGUGCAGCAUAAGUGAGCGAAUAUUUGUGGAAAUAUGACACAAUUUACGGAAGAGGAAGAAGGUCAAUUCAUUGGCUCGCAACGCGUUAAUGAUAAAACAAAUUCAAUACCCGAUGGUAUUUUAGAUGACCAUACCGUUCAUGAAUGUGAUAUAGCUUUGAAUAAUUUUGAAAUUAAAAAGAAACGUUAUCGAGUUUUACUUAAUCGUUACCAUAUCAUUUGGCAACGUUCCGACAUCAAACAUAAAGUAAGGAAUGAUGGCAACGAACCGACGACAGGAACAUCAAUGCAAAAAGAAAAUGAACAUGAAAAGGAAAAAAUAAGCUAUCAGACCAAAUAUGACGAUGGCAGCAAUGUUUUACACCUACAAGAUGUAUUUCGAAUUACGAAAGGAUCAACAAAAGCCGCUUGUUUUCGUAGUGCUUUACAAACUUUCGAUUCCAAUUCAAUUGAUUCGGAUGCGGAACAACAAUCGUCCGAAUCAAUUAAUUCUUCAGAUCAAUACCUAAUGAUUCACUACGCGGAACGUAUUAUAUCCUCACCGACAGAUUGCAAUCGUUGGCAAGUGCAACGUCUCACAUUGCACAAUAAUGAUCCGUACAUUAUAGGCAAAUGGUAUGAUCAGUUACAAAAUCGUUUACUAUCAUCGCCACGUAAACGUUUAAAACGUUUGCUGGUCUUUAUUAACCCGUACGGGGGUCGUAAAAUGGCCUUGCAGACUUAUGAACGUUGUUGCAAACCCAUUAUACAAUUGGCCGGUAUUGAUGCUUCGUGUAUUAUUACGCAGCGUGCUAAUCAGAUACGUGAUAUUUUAAUUGGUCACGAUCUGAAACCGUACGAUGCCGUUUGUUGUGUCGGCGGCGAUGGUACAGUUGCCGAAAUGAUAAAUGGUUUAAUAUGGCGUUCGAUACGUGAUCAUGGCAUGAAUCCAAGACAACCGGAUUGGAUACCGAAACCAAGUUUGCCAAUUGGUGUUAUACCGGCGGGUAGUACCGAUACUAUAGCGUACAGUUUGCAUGGAACAUCAGAUGUACAAACAGCAACUAUUCAUCUAGUCUUGGGUCAAUAUAAAGGUCUCGACGUGUGCAGUGUACGAAAUUGUGACGGUAUUAUACGUUUCUGUACCAGUGUUAUGGGCUAUGGUUAUUUAGGCGAUGUGGCGGCGAAAAGUGAAAAAUAUCGUUGGAUGGGUACGAAACGUUAUGAAUACACAGGCGUCAAGGCAUUUCUUUUGAAUCGUGGCUAUGAGGCCGAAGUGCAUUUAUUACUGGAUGAAAAUGACGAAAUUGACAAAGUGAACACAACUUGUUCCGUCAAUUGUUCCCAUUGCCAAAAUAUCGAAGAAAAAGAUAUCAAUGCUGAUAAACCAUCGUCUUCGAAUGCCUCUCCAUAUAAAGAUAAUACUGAGACUUGCCAUCCUCCCGAUAAUUGUGAUAAGCCAAAUGACUUCUAUAUAUCACCGGCAAAAACGUCCCCACAAUUGAUUCGCAGCGAUCGCGAUACCUCAAAUAAAUGGCGUAUAAUAAGAGGGGACUUUUUUAUGAUAACUGGUGCUAAUAUAACAUGUGCUUGCACGCGCAGCCCUAACGGCAUUUCACGUUAUUGCCAUUUAGGUGAUGGCUACUUAGAUUUGGUACUAGUCCGCAAAACUAAUCUCUUAAAUAAUAUACGCUUUGUCAUCAAUACAAUGGGCCGAAAUGGCGAUAUUCGAAAUCUGCCUUUCGUGGAAAUUUAUCGCACGCGUCAAUUUACGUUUAAAGCAAAAAUGAAUGCUCACUCUCAGGAUUACAACAGUGUACGAGGCUCUUGUCAACCAAUCGCUAUUUCAAGCAUCAGUGAAGACGGCGUCAGUAAUACAGAUAGUGAGUUUUUCUCCAGUUGGAAUUGUGAUGGUGAAGUGGUCAGCGAUUUGGAAAUAACUAUGAUAUCGCAUCGUCAAUUAAUUGAUGUAUUCAUGCGCGGACCUUACCCUUAUGCAAAACCCACACGACGAACGGGCAGUAAAUCCUUAUGCUGCUGCUGUUGUAAAUGAAUAAUUUAAAUAAAUAACUUAUUUAAGGAGACUCGUUUACCACUCCGAGAAGGCAACUCGUAGGGCGAUUUAUUGUUGUGAUUUACUUUCAAUGGAUAUAUAAGCUGUUUCCAUAAAAAUGUACAUUCCGAUUAUUGCCUUUUAUGUAUUUUAGUAAAAUUUCUAAGUUGUAUUUUUUUAUAUUUUAAUAUUCAAUAAUGUUUCACUAGUUGAUAAGGUAUUUAACGGUUCCUUUAUAUAGGUAUUAUAUUGCAUGUCUUCUUCCUUUUUUUUUUUCAUUCACAAUAUUUAAGACAAUAGCAGAUUGUAUGGAAUAGCGUUGGUUUUGGAUAUUUUUCUACUGUAUAACUAAAAA